AAGUAUUUAUGCGACACACUUCUACCAAGAAUAAAUGUCUAUUUGAUCACUAGCUAAGUUGAAAUGUAACUUACAAAAUUGUGCAAACUUCAAGGGACUAUCUAGGUAUUUGACCAAAAUUCAAUUAUAUUUUAAGUGAGGUGAUAAUGUGAUUUUUUUCUCUGAUCAUUUAGAAUCAGGUAAAACUUAAAAUACCUAGUAUUGGAAUUUUCAAAGACAAAUACAGGAAUUAGUCCUCUCCCUGUUAAACACCAACGCAGAAGUGAAAACGAGGAGCAAAAUAAGGCAGCCUAGAAUGUGCAAAGAAAUUGAGGCGAAUAGCGCGAAUUCAACCACAAGUGCAUCGUCUCUUCGAUGGAAAAUCCUUAGUCGUUCUCUUCAUUCAGAUAAUGAAUCUGAAUUGGGAAUUAAACGAAUAUCUAGAAAGGAAAAUCAGCUGGACGGAUCACGUGAUGCUACUUUAUGCUAUACAUUGCCUGUUCCUAAUGCCCCUACACUUAUUCUACAUCAGAGAGUGGACAGUAUGGCGCAUCUUAAUGAUUUUGAGGUCUGCAACAGAUAUGAUAUUGACAACACUGGACUUGUUUGUCAAUGGCCGUCAGAGGAUGUCCUUGCUCACUACUGCUUGUCACAUGAGAGCAUUUUCAGGCAAAAAAGAGUCAUUGAACUUGGAUCUGGCUAUGGCCUAGCUGGAUUAGUUGUUGCAAUGACCAUGGAAGCGCUGGAAGUUUUUAUAUCUGAUGGAAAUCCCCAAGUCGUUGAUUAUUUGGAGCAUAUGUAUGCUGCCGUAGACUCGUUGGGGUAUGGUUCUACAGAGGUGAAGCCAUUGAUGCUACACUGGGGCCAGGAUCAAGUCUCUGAUAUCUCCAACAGAUUCAACAUCAUCAUUGCAAGUGACUGCACUUUCUUCAAAGAAUUCCACGCAGCACUUGUCAGAACUAUCAAAUCAUUGUUAAAAAAGGAGGGUCCAUCUGAAGCCAUACUUUUCUGCCCCAAUAGAGGUGAUUCAUUGGACAAGUUUCUCCUAGAAGUAAAAAAUAGUGGGUUGCAUUUCCAGGCAGAUGAAAUCUUAGAUGCAGAAGUUUGGAGACGCCAUCAACAUUUUGUUGAUGGUGAUGAUUCCUGGCCUAAUUAUGAGAUGGAUCAUUGCUAUCCUUUAUUGAUCAGAAUUAUGAGGUGAAGAUCUGCAGUGCAGGUUUACUGUGUCCGGCAUGCUUUUUUUGUGCAUAUUACGAGUUCAGAAGUAGUUCAACUGCAAAAAUCAAUCUAUUGGUGGUUUUCCUCAAGAGUAAUCUUCGUUUUAUUCGACACAUUGAGGACAAUUGAAUUUCACUUGUUACACAACUAGUAGUUAAUAUCUGAGGAUUAGCUAAAAAAAACGGAUCACUUGCAUCAGCAGAUAACCUGAUGUCAAGAGUGAGUCUAUUUUGUUAGUUCUGAAAAGUCGCAGAUUAUCAAGUUGCCUUAGCUUGUUAAAA